GCUGGGGGGGGAGAGGCGACGGGGGGCGGGCCGGGGGAGGGUCCGCGGGCGGGGCGGGCGGCUCCCCACGCGCCUCCCCACGCGCCUCCCCGCCGGCCGUCGCCUCGCCGCGCAGCGCCAUGGAUGAGUUCCACCCGUUCAUUGAGGCGCUGCUGCCACAUGUGCGCGCCUUCGCCUACACCUGGUUCAACCUGCAGGCGCGCAAGCGCAAGUACUUCAAGAAGCACGAGAAGCGCAUGUCCAAGGACGAGGAGCGCGCGGUGAAGGAUGAGCUGCUGGGCGAAAAGGCCGAAGUGAAGCAGAAGUGGGCGUCGCGGCUGCUGGCCAAGCUGCGCAAGGACAUCCGGCCGGAGUGCCGUGAAGACUUCGUACUGGCUGUGACUGGCAAGAAGGCGCCGGGCUGUGUGCUGUCCAACCCGGACCAGAAAGGCAAGAUGCGGCGCAUCGACUGCCUGCGCCAGGCCGACAAAGUGUGGCGCCUGGACCUGGUCAUGGUCAUCCUGUUCAAGGGCAUCCCUCUGGAGAGCACGGAUGGUGAGCGGCUGGUGAAGGCAGCGGCCUGUGCGCACCCCGUACUGUGUGUGCAGCCACACCAUAUCGGCGUGGCCGUCAAGGAGCUGGACCUGUACCUGGCCUACUUCGUGCGGGAGCGUGAUGCGGAGCAGAGCAGCAGCCCCCGGACAGGAGUGGGCUCAGACCAGGAGGACAGCAAGCCUAUAACCCUGGACACCACAGACUUCCAGGAGAGCUUCGUCACGUCAGGCGUGUUCAGCGUCACGGAGCUGAUCCAGGUGUCUCGGACACCCGUGGUGACCGGAACCGGACCCAACUUCUCCCUGGGAGAGCUGCAGGGCCACCUGGCAUACGACCUGAACCCGGCCAGCACCGGCAUGAGAAGGACUCUACCCAGCACCUCCUCCAGUGGGAGCAAGCGGCACAAGUCAGGCUCGAUGGAGGAGGACGUGGACACGAGCCCCGGCGGCGACUACUACACGUCGCCCAACUCGCCCACGAGUAGCAGCCGCAACUGGACGGAAGACAUAGAAGGAGGCAUCUCAUCCCCAGUGAAGAAGACAGAGAUGGAGAAAUCUCCGUUCAACAGCCCAUCCCCCCAGGACUCCCCCCGGCUCUCCAGCUUCACGCAGCACCACAGGCCGGUCAUUGCGGUACACAGCGGCAUCGCACGGAGCCCCCACCCAUCCUCGGCCCUGCACUUUCCUGCCACGCCCAUCCUGCCACAGACAGCCUCCACCUACUUCCCCCACACAGCCAUCCGGUACCCGCCACAUCUCAACCCCCAGGACCCGCUCAAGGAUCUGGUGUCCCUGGCCUGCGACCCGGCCACCCAGCAGCCUGGACCGCCUGCUCUCCGCCCGGCACGUCCCCUGCAAACAGUCCCUUUGUGGGAUUAGGACGGAGGGAUCCUCUUUCGGGACAGUCCUGGUACCUGGGGUAGCCGAGGUUGCCUUCCCACGCCUCCUCCAUCACCGGUGGAGUCCCAGGGUGACAGUCCCAGCCUGCAUUUUUGGUGGAAAAUUAGAUGGAGUGAGAAGCCCCCUGCUGACUCCCAGCUGGAUGGAAAAGACAGGAGGAGAAAAGGACAAAGGACAAACAGGAAAAAAAAACCCUUCCCAACCAAGAUGGGAGCCGUGGGUCUCUGUGGCACCUGCUGCUGAUGGACGGCUGCCUGCAGCCCUUCUGCGCCCUGAGGACCCUGCCAUCACCCACAGACCAGGCAAGCCUGGCCUGGUACCCGCCCAGCACCAACAGAUGGGCGGAAUGGACAGGGUGGGCCACCCAGCCAGGCCACCUCUCCCCAGACCCCUGCUGCCAGCCACCAGCGCCAGCCUCGGGGACCUCCGGCCGUCCCCACCGACAAUGUUUGCCAAAGACAGGAGGCUGGAGGUGGACAGACCGCACGGUGGGCAGAAGAGGCACGUGGGAGCCGCCCAGCGCUGGCCCUGCUGGGGACAGACAUGCCAUACAGGUACUUUGGGACCCCCGGGAGGGUCCUGAGUCCAGCCUCCAUCUCGGCCCUCUGGCCCCAUCUCCUUGCGGACCUCAUUUGGAAGGACACAUCUCUCUAUGCAAUUUGUCCCCACCCCACCCCGGCAUGAGAGGCCACACAGCUCCCGACCCUCCGGCCUCCUCUCGCACAUGGAAAGUAUCAGCACUUUGAGAAACAGAGAUAGGGGAACUGGGCCCCCCACGCCGAAGUUCCUGGAGGCGGGAGGUGCGGGAGGUGCCGCGAUCUAAGUGCCUAGCCCCUCCACCCACCCGUCGUCCACCUCGUCCAUCGGGGACACAGAGUGGCCAGGGCACCCCCACCCUCGUCUCCGUGUACCCUAGCUCCUCAUCACCGCGCGCCCUCCAAGCUAGAGAGAUGGGACCCCAGGGGGGGUAGAGCUGGGUGUCCCGAAACCCAGGCUGGGGCUAUGCGCCGUCCCCCUACACUUCUGCCAGUGCCUUACUUCCUGGAGACCCACCCUGGGGUACCCCACUGCAGGGGGAUACCCCCUUUGCACUUUGACCCUCCUGAUGAUGUGGGGCCCAGCACAGGGACCAAGAAGGCUGGUGGAAGUGCACUCAGACCCCAGGUGGGAGGGCUCUGGGAGUGAUGGGGUGACAGGGUGGACUGAUGGCUGGGGUCCCCCAUCUGCUAUGCGUACUUCACUGACCUAAAAACACUAAGAUGGGGUGCAAGGGCCAUGCCCCAACCCCAGCUCUGCAGCGCCCAUACACACCCACCCUGUUCCUAUCUUGGAUGGCCCGCCCUGGGAGGGGAUAUUGGGUGUUUUAAGGUCACUGAACCUACAGAGGCCUCUCCUCCCCCACCACCCAUCUUGGCCCUGUCAUGUCCCCUCCCUGCCGAGGCUGCAGGCCAUCACCCCAGCAGAGCCCCCAGGGCCUGGCCCUACCCACCUGGGACACUUGUAAGUACAAAGCUCCCCAGCCUUUGAGGCCUCAAACCCCCACCAUCUGUCCGUCCGUCUGUCCUCAGGGACCCUCCAGUAGGGGGACCAUGGGGAUAUCACGGAGGCCACUGUCCAGAUGGGGCUCAGGCCAGUGGGUGUGGGAUGGGCUGUCUGCAGGGUAGACCUGGCAAGUCCCCUCUGAUACUCCCAAGCCAGCCAGCCGGGUCCCCCAGGGGUCAGGACAGAACCAACUAUUUACCUAACUGCAUGGUGCUUAAGGCCCCGCGACACCCAAGAGACCCCUCCCCUGCCGGGCUGCUGUGUGCAUGACAGGUCCACCUACCCACCCACUUCCCUCACCGCCUCUACUAAAAAAGGAAAGAAAAAAAAGGAUACACAAAAAAUAUAUAUAUAUAUCCUUACCAAAAAAAAAAAUCCAUUAUUUCCAAAUUUGCACGAAGUUUUUACCACAACAUGUGCCUUGCUCUCCCGAGAACAAGUAUUAACUUUUAAAUAAUAACCGCGCACACAGACGCAUGCCCUGCACGCAUAGUUACAAACAGACAAGCGAUUACAUGAAAUAAAAAAUAAAAUCCAAAAGGGUGGUAUUUCUAUUUGCAAAGAAAAGAAAAAUCAAACGAAAGCAAGAUUUUUUUUUUUUUUUAAAAUAUAAGAAAGAAGGCUGGGCGUGGUGGCGCACGCCUGUGAUCCUAGCUCUUGGGAGGCUGAGGCAGGAGGAUUGCUCUGAGUUCCAGGUCAAGUCUGGGCUACAGAUUGAGACGCUGCCUCAAGAAAAGGGGAGGGGGAGCAAAUCAUAGAAACAAGGAAAUUAAGACUAUUAAGGAAGUCACAACUGGUCAUGGUUUGUGAUCCCCACCCACAGCCCUGGCCCCACCUCACCCCGUGGUGGGGGACUGGAGUCGCCUUGGUGCUCAUCCCCUGAGCCCCCAACCCUCCUUUGUCUUCCAGCCAACCCACAAAGCUGAAUAUAUGCAAUAUCCGUCCGUCUGUCUGGGUUGAGCUCAGCUGUGGGGAGUCCCGGUGGUGGAGGGAACACAGCGGGGCCGUCCCAAGUCUGUGAUUUCAGUUUUUCUUUUUUGGUUUUAUUGUUUGUAGUUGCCUUUGGGUUUUUGUCAUUCUGUUCUGUCUUCUGUUAAAUCUGCUCUUAAAGUUCACCAAAGCUAAGACAGUUGCCAGGGGUUUAUGGGGCAGACAGGAGUCCAGGCUCCAAGCCAUCCCCUUGCCUCUUCCGGGCCCAGUCCCACCAUCCCCCCACCAGGCUGCCCGUCACCCUACUCAGCUCUGAGUGUUGGGCGCUAGCAGAGGCCAUGGCAGGCUCACCUUGAUGGACUAGGGUGGGUGGGACCACCGCUUCUGCGCGCGUCACUUGUAGGCUUGGCUGUCCACCCCCAGCGCCAGGAGAGGUAGCACCAUCUCCUGGGGGACCAUCAGCGUGGGUGGGGGUGGGGACAUUGGACAGAGCAUGCCUGGCAGCAGGUUGGGAGGGGCCACUCAGCGUCCCGCCCCCUCCCCCCAAUUUCUCAGAAAAUCUCCAGUUUCCACCCAGGGACCCCACACUGGCCCAGUCCUCAGGUGGAUGACUUAAGCACGGCAGGAGAUUAUUUUUUUAUUUUUGUUUUCCUGUGUAUGAAACUUAACAUUUUUCAGACCAUCCUCUCCUCAGGCGACCAUCCCUUACCCAGCCCCAUCAUGCCCUGGUGAAGCGCCCACGGCCUGCUGCUUUGGGAUGUAGCCUGUGACUGUGUUUCCCAGGUGGGGACCAGAUUAUGUCUGAGCUCCUGAGCCCUGAAAUCUUGAUAAUCAUGAAUACCCAGGGUGGUGGGAAUGACAUGGGGGGAGUGGCGUCUGCCCGCCCCUGCCCCGCCCCUCCGGGGGGUAAACCAGCCAGGCCGCACUACAAUGUCCGCAGCCAAGAGGCCCCCCAGGCCACCAGCAAAUGUCCCACCCUUGGGGACAGUGCGCCCGUGUGCCUGCGGUUGGGUUGUGCAGCAUUUGUACAUACACGCGCAUUUAGUUUGCAGUUAAUCCCUGCUGUGCUGAUCACAGUUGCUUCCUCCCUCCAUUCAGUUUGUCCCUGAGACCCCUGAGUGGCUUUUGCUUCUCUGGGGUACUGGGUUCGAAACCCAGCCACUUAAUUUUCCCACUGUUUUGUUUUGAUAUCUUAGAGACAGGAAGGUCUCCCCAGGCUGGCCUCCAACUCGGGGCAAUCCUCCUGCCUCCGUUUCUCAGUUGCUCUGACGACAGGUGUGCACCACCACUCCUGACUUCCCUGCCCAAACCUCAUAUCCUACUUGUUAAUAGCUGUCUUCUCCCUCUGUCAUCUACCCAGAGCACUCAGCUACGGUCUGUCGCCCAGUGCAGGACCCAGGUGAGAGGAGACUGCCAGCGAGUCCCCAGAUCUUGUAGCCAUGAUACCAAACAGUCAUUUCCCGAUCAGUGCCUCACACAUCUGAUGGUGCAGUUUUGGGGUCCGCCCCCACCCCUCCGAGUCCCCACCCCUGCUCCCCUCGGAUGUAGGACAGGAAACAGCAGGUGUGCUGGGCAGGAGGAAGGCAUGUACCCCCAAGCCACCACCCCUCCCUACAGCACCCAGCCUCACUACCCCAGCUUGGGGUACCCAGCUGGAUGCCC